AUUUCCCUGAUGUCAUGUGUUUGUCUGUUUUCAGGUACACUUUAGACAAUAGCAACGCUGACAGUUUGUGUGUAGCUGUUGAACUUCCAGGUGUAAAGUCUGGGGAUGAAUGUGAUGUUGAUAUCAUACAGGAUGUGCUGAUGGUUACAGUUACGGGAAAAUAUGAUCUUUUUUUACCUCUUGAUGCUCAUGUUGAUGACUCGAGAGCAGAUGCUCAGUUUCACAAAGACAAAGCUGUCUUAUCUGUCAGACUACCAUAUCUGGAAACUCUUUGAAAAAAAAAAAAAUUCUGCCAAAGUUAAAAU